UAAACAAACGCGGGAAAGUAGGCCUAUGCGAGUUUGUUUAUGUAGCAAACGUGAGAGCAGGUGUAUGAUAUGGCGAACUCUGAACCGCGGAUGCGAGAGCUACCUAAGUCUACAGUCAGACUUUUAGGAAGUAGUCAAGUGAUCACAACAGUUUAUAGUGUCGUGAAAGAAUUACUAGAAAACGCACUAGAUGCUGGUUCAACGUCUGUGGAUGUCAGAUUGGAGAAUUUCGGCUUGGAUAAAAUUGAAGUGAGAGAUAACGGUGAUGGAAUUCAAACAGCAGAUGUCCCUUUUGUUGCUAAGCGAUACCACACAUCUAAACUGUCAGCAUUCUCGGAUCUUGAGCAGCUCAGUACCUAUGGAUUUAGAGGAGAGGCAUUGGGUUCAUUGUGUACAGUUGCUGAUGUUUCUUUGACAACCAAAACAAAAGAUGAUGAUGUCAGCAUGACAUACACCAUUGGCAAAGAAGGGGAGAUAAUAAAUUCCAAACCAUCACAUCUUACUCAAGGUACCACUUUAUCUGCCGUACAUCUGUUCAAGACUCUGCCUGUAAGACGACAGAUAUACAACAAUGUAAAGAAAAAGAAAGAGGAGCUGAAGAAAGUGGAAACGUUAGUGAUGGCAUUUGGACUGAUAUUUCCCACCAUCAGGAUCACACUUCGUCAUAACAAAGACCUAGUGUGGCAGAAAAACCCUGUUCAAGAUCUUCGUGCCUCCAUCACUGGAGUUCUUGGCAAAAAUGUUUUGAAUCAAAUUGAAUAUAAGAAGUUGGAAAGUUUAGAUCCAGAGAUUAUUGUGGAGAUGUAUGUCCCCAGAAGUGACAGUGACCCUCAAGUGACCAGUCGAUCCACUGCUGACCGGUGUUUUAUUUAUGUAAACUCACGACCAGUCAUUCUCAAAGACAUUGAAAAGCUGCUGAAACAGUACUAUGCCUCCUCACACUCCUGUGAUGGAGCACGCGUGCCUGUCUGCUGUGUGUCAGUUGUGCUGCCCUCUAGUGAGAUUGAUGUGAACCUUGACCCCAACAAAACACGAGUACUUCUUCACCAUCAGGUAUCUGUUGCAACUGUGGUCAGAACUCUCUUGGAGGAAGUGUAUGGGGCAAUAGAACCAGCAAUUUCCAGCACUAAACAGAAAUCAAAUGUUGAUGAGGAUUCGGCUGAAUUAUCUACCAUCUCUGAUCAAUCCUUGGAGCUGAGUUUAGACAUGACCUUUAGGACAAAUGACCAGCAGAGGGACAAUUUUACAAAAAUAACUGCUUUAGAAAAUACAGUAAAUUGUGAUAAACAAAUACCUUUCUUUAAGGUUACCAUGGAAACCAGUGACGGUAACAAAUCAGACAAUUUAACGGUACAAGAUCAGGUGAUCCCAGAAGGAGUUAAAAUCUGCUCUAGAGGGAAAUCAGUCUCUAUUGACAUGGAUUCAAAUAGGAUUGUGAGAGAAGGUGAUAUUUCAGAACUGGAAGUACCACAUGUACCAACAAACGUUAUAACACCACCUAUUGCUAGUACUAAGAAACAGGAGCAGAUAACUCUAUUUCAUGAAGAAAUUGUGAGGACACAGAAAGGUUGCUUUGAUAUUGUGGGAGACUGUUUGAAAGAUGUGUUAACUGAUGAUGAUAGUCUGUGUGAAAUGAUGGAAGAUGUUCCCGAUUCACAAACAAAGGGAGAUAAUCAUGAUUCUCAAACAAAGGGAGACAACCCUGAUUUACAAACCAAAGCAUUCCUUCAAGAGACAAAUUCAGAUUUGUUCGAUGAUAGCCUAACGGACAUGUUGAUAACUCUGGAACAGAAAAAAGAUAUAUUAAUGGUCAAUUCAGACUCCAAACAAACUGAUGACAACAGCAGGUCAGAGGUCACACCUGGUAGUGAACUCUGGAGUAAAGGUCAAUUGUUAGCUGAUUCUGGCAGUGCUGUUUUACAGCCUGUGGCAUUGCUGUCGGCAGGAAAUUCAAAACGACCUUUAAACUCGUCACCUGACCUUUCUCCUCCGAGUAAGAGGAGGACCAUUAUGCCAGAGGAGGGCCAGCCCACUCUGUAUGACAUGGUGUCCAGUCAACCAGUGCAGAGAGGUCAAACAAAGAUGGGAUACAGUACAUUUGUCAAGGAAAACAGAUCUCUUGUUGUAGCUAAACGCCCUACCGCUACCUUUGAUGACGUGACAAACAUACUUAAGCAUCAAUGGGAGGAACUGUCACAUGAUUUACGACAGAAAUAUGAGAAUGUCUCUCUUGAAAAGUCUGACCUUUGUUCACUAAGGGAACCUGUUUCAUCUACAAAAUCGGGAAAGCACCUUGGAAAUAAAAUGAAGCUCAAAAGCAAAGUAGUACCGACAGGUAUCAGCAUAAAAGAUCAGCUACUGCUGGCAGCAGAAAGAAGGAAAUCUAAAAGGGACACUGUCAUUUCAUUCUCCAUGGAAAAUUUACGAAAAAAGUUUUCCAGGCAGCUAAACAUCAGCCAGGUGCCAAAGAGUCCAAAGUUGAACUUGAUUGGCCAUUUGAAGUCAUGUGGUACAUGGACAUGUUGCCUUGGUGAGAAAAUCUGCGUUUUGAAUUGCCACCGUGUGCAAGAGACAGUUUUGUAUCACCAGCUGAUGUCGGACCACGUACUGUCGGUCACGCCCCUGGACCAGCCAAUCAAACUCACUCCUCAAAAUGUUGGGGGUAAGAGUGAAUGGGACUACCUCAUGUCCUUAGAUACAAACCGUUUCCCUGGCGAUAUAUAUAGCUUCAUUACUGACGAGAGGAUAGUGGACAAUGGAUUCAAGGUCAGAUGUUACACAGAUAAGGAGAAUGGUACAUCACAAGCGGAUGUUGUCGCCUUGACGGCCUUUAUUCCGGUAUAUGGUAUUCCUGAUCUGUCUGAAGUCUUAGAGCUAACCUGUACAACUGGAGCAGAGAGUGUGUCUAAGUCUCGCCCUCUAAAAGUCCUCAACUAUCUACAGGGAGAGGCUGUAAGAAUGGCUAGGAAGUUACCACCCCUCCAGGACCGGGAGGAGGUACUGGAGUUACUAGACCAGAUGACCACGAUUUUCCCCGACGGCUGUAAAGUGUGUUUGCAUGACAGAUCGUUCUGUCAUCCAAUCUACGACAUUGACGACCUUCCACAGACUCAGUCAGAUAUGACACAGGAGGUUUUGUCUUCCUGAAAACAUUAUAUAUCCGAUCAGUUUUGACAGAAUGUUAUUACUAACUGAAAACAGAAUCUCAUAGAUGUGACGCUUGAAGUUGUCUCAUUCUUGAAAAACUUGCUAAAAAUAUUUAUGUUGAUUUUGUUCUGACAUAUAUAAAUUGCCAUUUAGCGCUGCAUCGGUCGAAGGAUGUGCUACGUUUGUAGCCUGGGUUAAGGUAAAUAUCAUAGAAAAGCAUACACCGACUGAAGUUGAAAUAUGCCAUUUAUUAAAAUUGAACUUCGUCAGGUGUGAUACUAUGAUACAAAAUAAGCUAUUGUGCGGGAAAACACAGUUUUGGACAGUUUUCUCCUAAAAAGAACUUGAGUAUGCAUGUACUUGUUAAAGACUGUUGAAAGAUUUGAAUGUUUAGUUCAGGAUUCACUUGAAAUGUGUACUUGUUAAAUGAUGACAAGUUUAUUCUGAAUAUAAAGUUUAGUA